AUGGAGAUAGAUGCAAAUCUGUUGGGAGCUGUGAAUGCUGAAGUCAAUACAUUGACAAGGAGAGAGAGGCAGUCUGUCAUUCUACACACUGGACUAACUGGACUACAGGCUGAUAAGAUAUUUUGGUUCUUUGGUCCAGUCAUUCCAAACACCUCAAUAGUUGAGAGUCAGGUCAUCAGAGGAGAGAACAUCACAGAAUUCAAAGGAAGAUUCCCAGACAGACUGCAGCUGGACAGAGAAACUGGAUCUCUCACCAUCAGAAAUCUCACCCUCAACAACUCUGGAGUUUAUCAGCUAGACAUUUUCAAUACACACAAAACAUCUCAGAGAUUCUAUCUAACUGUCUAUGCUCCAGUACCACUUCCUCAACUCAAAAAAAUCCCUGAAGGUCAUUUUCUGGACAAUUCAUCAGAGAAGGGGAGCUGUUCAGUGGUGUGUUCUGUGGAGAACCGGAGAGACAUGACCCUGUCCUGGUACAGAGGAGAGAAGAGACUCAACCAGACCAGCAGCCCUGACCUCUCCACCAACCUGUCUCUCCCUCUGGAGAUAAAGCUACAGGACAACAAUAUCUACAGUUGUGUGGCUGCCAACCCAGUCAGCUACCAGACAAUCAAACUCAACAUUGAAACGCUCUGCCUUCAGUUUGUAGGUGUCAUUAAUGAGUCUGGUCCUAAUCGAAUCACAAUCUUUGUGAUAGUCCUUGGACUAGGCCUAACGUUAUUUAUCGUAACAUGCUGCAUCUGGAAAAGGAAAUGUAUUAAAGGGUGCUGUGUAUCCACCUCAGGGAGUCCAGAAGAAGAGGACUCUGUUGGGUAGCCUACUCUGUUUUUUUUUAAAGAUAGCCUUAAAGGGCAAUUCCACCACUUUUCAACCUUAUAUUCAUUAUUUCCAGUACCAAACCAGUGUCUACAGUGCACUUUGUGUAUGAGUGUCUACAGCUUCCCAUGUGUAUGAAGAAUGGUCCACCGCCCAAAGGACAUUCAGUCAACUUGACACAACAGUGGGAAGCAUUGGAGUCAACAUAGGCCAGCAUUGCUGUGGAAUGCUUUCGACAUCUUGUGGAGUCCAUGUCCUGACAAAUUGAGGCUGGUCUGAGGGGGGUGCAAAUCAAUAAUAGGAAGGUGUCCCUAAUGUUUUGUAAGCUCAGUGUACUCCGGUGGUUUAAAUGUUCCCAUCAAAACAACAUAGAUUACUUUAGCCAAAUCCAAUGUAUUUUCCACAUCACAAUAACUUUACAAAUGACGUUGAAACAAUGUUGAUUCAACCGGUGUAUGUCCGGUGGGAUUUUAUGGUUUUUGUGACACCAACUGUGGGUUUGCUAGUUGAUAAAGGAAUUUAUAUGUUUAAAGUAACGAUGAAAGGAUUCCACCCUGAAAUCAUAUAAUUGCAUGAAAUGUGUUAGAGUCAUAAUUCCAUAAUGUGUGUGACUAGGCCAUUGUGUUACUAUUUCGCAAUAUGAGCUAGGUAGAGUUGAGACAUUCAAGGCCAACUGAACUGUCGACUUGUGAUAACUCUGAAACCAAAUAACAGGAAAGAGGCCUCCCCAACUUAGGUAAGGGGGAAUAACUGUUAGGAAUGGCUAGGCUUGUAGAAGAUAAUGAGAAAUUAUGUGUGUGUGUGAGGGGUUAUAAAAUUACUGUUUCCUAAUUUUUUACUUCAGAGUACUCUCUGAAUAAAGGAUUGAUCUAUUGCA